AUGGAGCUGGAGGAAGAGGAUGAUUGGAACUUGAGCGCGGAGGAAUUGGACUCUCUGGAGAAGCACGCCUUCCAACAGAUUGCCGAGCGGAAGUCCUCCUCCACUGCAGCAUCUUCAUCUUCGUCUUCUUCCACACUUCAUCCUCAUCAUCAAAAUCUGCUGCAGGCGAAUCGGAUUAAUCCUUCACCUCUUGGAGCCAAAAAAUUUCCACCCUCCUCUACGCUGUCAAAUAUGACUGCCGAUGAAUCGAAGCAACAGCUACCUAAAGUUUUUGUCAAAUUCUUCCUGCAUGCUAGUGGACACAUAGCUGCGAAAUUUCCAUAUGAUGCGUUACUUGUAAAAGCAUUCCACAAUAUCCCCAAAGCCACCUGGAAUGGAAAAGAAAGAUUGUGGAUGUUCCCCAUGUCAUCUCUUCCAUUAGCGGAGAAAGUUCUUAGCGAUGUAUCUGGCUCCAAUGUUGAGGUGGAAAAUUUGGAUCCUUUAGUAUACCGGGCUAUUGCUGCGGCAUUUGCAGUUCCAGAUCUUCGAGGUCGAUAUGAUUUAAUACCCCUGAAUAUUGAAUCAAGGCUCCUACCUUUCCAGCGGGAUGGAGUUAGAUUUGUGUUACAACAUGGAGGGCGUGCCCUCCUUGCUGAUGAGAUGGGGCUCGGGAAGACUCUUCAGGCUAUUGCUGUUGCCUCUUGCAUCCGUGAAGAAUGGCCUGUUCUUGUUCUCACUCCAUCAUCCUUGAGGCUUCACUGGGCUGCUAUGAUUCAAGAGUGGCUCAACAUACCCCCGUCGGAUAUAUGUGUGGUCUUGUCACAAUGUGGUGGAUCAAACAGGGGCGGAUUCAAUGUGUUGGCAUCAAAUUCUAAGAGAUCCAUCCAACUUGAUGGUGUAUUUAACAUCAUUUCUUAUGAUGUUGUUCCCAAGUUUCAAGGUGUAUUGAUGAGUUCCGAAUUUAAGGUGGUUGUUGCAGAUGAAUCGCAUUUUUUAAAAAAUGCUCAAGCUAAAAGGACAAAUGCCACAAUUCCUAUAUUGCAGAAAGCUCAAUAUGUGAUCUUGCUUAGUGGAACUCCAGCUUUAUCACGGCCCAUUGAGUUAUUCAAACAGCUCGAAGCCUUGUAUCCGGGUGUAUAUAAGAGUGUCCAUGAUUAUGGUAAUCGCUACUGCAAGGGAGGUGUUUUUGGAGUCUAUCAGGGUGCUAGUAACCAUGAGGAGCUACACAAUUUGAUGAAAUCAACUGUGAUGAUUCGGAGACUUAAAAAAGAUGUCCUUUCUGAGCUUCCUGUAAAGCGGCGCCAACAGGUUUUCUUGGAACUAGGAGAGAAAGAGAUGAGACAAGUUAAUGCCCUAUUUCGUGAGUUGGAGGUGAUUAAGAGCAAAAUUAAGGCAUGCAAAUCUAAAGAAGAAGCUGAAUCACUUAAGUUUUCAGAGAAGAAUCUCAUUAAUAAGAUAUAUACUGAAUCUGCGGAAGCCAAGAUUCCUGCCGUUCUGGAGUAUUUGGGAACUGUCAUUGAGGCAGAUUGCAAAUUUCUCAUAUUUGCACACCAUCAACCCGUGAUUUCUGCGAUACACGAGUACCUUCUUAAGAAAAAAAUCGGUUGCAUCCGUAUUGAUGGUGGGACUCCUGCUGCGUCAAGGCAAGCUUUAGUAACAGACUUCCAGGAGAAAAGCUCUAUAAGGGCAGCUGUGUUAUCUAUUAAAGCUGGUGGGGUUGGGUUAACCUUGACAGCGGCUAGCACAGUGAUAUUUGCCGAGUUGGCUUGGACACCAGGUGACCUUAUUCAGGCCGAAGACCGUGCUCAUAGAAUUGGCCAGGUAUCGUCUGUCAACAUAUACUAUCUUCUUGCAAACGACACGGUUGAUGAUAUAAUCUGGGAUGUUGUCCAAAGCAAAUUGGAGAAUCUAGGACAGAUGCUUGAUGGCCAAGAGAACACCCUGGAAGUUUCAGAUGAUCAGAAAUACAAUAGUCCUACAAAACAGAGGACGCUUGUUUCAGGUGAUAAAAAAUACAACAGUCCUACCAAACAGAGAACGCUUGAUUCCUUCAUGAAGCGUUGCAGCAACAGUCCCUCCUCGGGUGAGGAGGAACCAACACUCAAACACGCCAAGUAUUACUAA